CGUUUUCGAAGAUACUCAUACAUUUUUUUCCCAUUCAGUAAUACAAUCCAAUUCAAGUAACAUAGUUGGAAGAAGAUUUUCUAUUAUUUCAAUUCAAAUUUCAAUGAAUUCCUUGUGGAAAGAGUUUUAAAUUCUAGAAUUGGUAUUUUCCCAAAAACUAUCCAACCUAUAUACUGAUUAUGCUCAUGUUUCAGUUGGAAUACUAGUAUUAACAGUGUUAAGAAUAAAGUCUCUCGUUUAUAACCUGAAGUUUUAUUCUAUCCAUUACACCACCACCAUAAACAACGUCACAAGGCGGCAACGCGGGAAUAGGAGCCGAUGGUAGACAAUCAUAUUAUCCAUCGUAUAAAGAAACAAGCAGCCAAUGCCAAGGCUACCCAUCUUAUCCGGAAUCUCAACGCAGUUACCCAUCUCAACCAGCAUAUCCACCACAGCCAGGUUAUCCGCUCCAAAGUUAUCAGCCUAAUCAUCAAGCAACGAUGUCUUCAUCCGACCAAAACGCCCCAAGUCCAAGUGAUGAUGCAGAUUAUGCGAAAUCAUUCGACUUCAGUACUGCGUCCAUUAGACAAGGCUUCAUUCGUAAAGUCUACGGUCUUUUAUCCCUACAAUUGAUAGUUACAUUUGGAAUAGUCCUGCUGUUUUGCCUACAUCCGACAGUGAAAGAAUAUACCAGAAAUAACUUAUGGAUUUUAUUGGUGGCUAUAGUUGUUGAAUUUGUCACAAUUAUGGCCUUGUGUUGUUGUGAGGCGGUUCGACGCACUCAUCCGACCAAUUUGAUCUUCAUGGCAUUGUUUACACUUGGCACGGCAAUUUGCGUUGGCUACGUCGGCGCAAGUUAUUCAGUCGAAGACGUCCUGAUUGCGUUGGGCUUGACCGCCAUCAUGGUCAUCGGAUUAACGUUGUUUGCCUUACAAACGAAAUGGGAUUUCACAAAAAUGGGUGGCGGUUUAUUCAUUGCACUUUUAUUGUUCACUGUUGUGGCCAUCGUUGCAUCAAUCAUGCGAAGUAAUUACGCAACAAUGAUCUUGGCUUAUGUCGGAGUUGUUCUGUUUUCCAUUUAUUUGAUUCAUGACACCCAAUUAAUUAUUGGUGGCAAUCAUAGAUAUGAAAUGAGUCCGGAAGAAUAUGUUCUUGGUGCGAUCACUCUCUACUUAGACAUCGUUAGAAUCUUCAUGUAUCUCUUGCGCAUCGUUGCAGCAGCGAAAAGUUAGACAUUCACAAAAUGGAUAGAUAAGCAAUCAAUCAUGCAUAAAUGACUAUGAAACAAUAAGCUUUUUUUCCGUCUGAUUGAUAUCACCUAGUCAUAUUUGUCUAAUUACUUUGUCCCCAUUCUUCUAUUUAUGUAACAGUUUUAUCCACAUAUCAAAGAAAAUAAAUACAGGUCUGUAGCCGGGAAAUUAGUUGCAAUUUGAUUUCAA